CUUGUCAACGUUUUUACCGGGAAAAAUUAAGUUAAAACACCUUUUAUUAGCUCUCCGCGUCACGCGCGACGUCACGUCGCCGGUCGCUGCAUGCGUGAAAAUUGCCGGUAGUACAAAAUUUUCGUAAUGCUUGUAACGUGCUACGUUUCUCCAAUAAUUUAAUGUGGAAUAAGUAGUGUGUACCGUUUGACGAUGAACAAUUAAAAAAUGUCUAUACUGCGUAAAAGGCCGUUCGUAAAAGCUGCGAUUUGUGUUACGUUACUUCGAGCCCAGUGCCAAGCAGAGAAUUGAAUAUUAAGAGGUUACGAUGACUUCGGAACUUUCGACCAGCGCUAAAUGCAAGGAACAUUUAAUAUGGAGAAUGUUUAUGGCCAUAGUGACCAGCGUCUGUGUACAAUUUAUAUUUAUGACCUUUGUCAUACUGAUAGUAAAUUUCCGAAUAAUGCAUCCGCUGACAUGGAUCAUAAAUACGUGGAAUGCAGUAACGUGCUUCCGGACUUGGAGUUACUUCCUUAUUUUAGCCACGGUGAUAUUCCUGCAGGGUGUGAUAUGCAGUAAGGAUUACUUAACAGCUCCCGUCUAUCGAAAAAGCAGAUUCUCGAUCGUCUGUAACAUGUUCAAACCACACAAUUUGCUUGUUGGAGGAUUGCACAUAUUAGUCGGUGGCGUGCUAGUCUGGCUUCAUUUAUCCCUGCAGGAUGAACGCCUUGGUUUGCUGACCGUUAAUUGCGACGGAGAAGAAACAUGCCUCGUUGAAGAAAACUUUUUCCUACUGCUCGGCGGCUUUUGGAUCGGCUUUUACUUCUUUGUCAAAUCAAAUUUUCAUACGACACAUCUACAGUUCCCCAUUGUGCCCCGAUCGAAGUUCUCUCAAAUCAAAGGUGGAAUUGGAUACCUUCUACCACACGCUGCAAUGAACGCCUUGUCACCUGUUCUAUGCUUCAUAUUCUUUUACUAUAUCGAUGGAGGAUACUGCAGAGAAACUGUGCUUUCUAUUUUCUCUAUAAAAAUGAAGGAUGUACCGCUAGACACACUUUACGGACUGCUAAACAUAUCUCUGUUCUUUUAUACCUGGCUAUUCACCACUCUCUUCCUCCUAACAACAUACACGAUGCAUUUGUCAUUCGAAGCUCAUCUGACACAAAGGAUGGUUUUUGACAUUGAACAGCAAAGCUUAUUUGCCGAUCAAUCCUCUGGUAUGUGUCUUGCGGACGCAUUGGCCACCGACCAAGUACCUAUCAUACAACAUUUGGCCUACUACGACUUGGUUACGCUGGCGCAGAAAGAGAAGCCACGCAGAUCGAUAUUAUUCACUCUCAGUACUCCAGGCGGUCGUCCAUGCAACUGGAAUAGUAUAGCUGUAAAAUGCAUGGGGCUGUUGAACAGUUUUACUCUAGAAGUCAACCAAGCAUGUGCUACAAAUCACAAGCUGUUAUCUGGGCCAACUAAUACAUCAACACCUGGAAAGUUGUCCGAAACGUCUUACCCUUACAAAAUGAGAAAUUUGACUGCUGCUAGACUCCUUGCGCCAAAUUUGGACUCUACGAUCCCUCCUCUGCCUAAACAAAACUCUAACGGAGAUCUGUUCAUCACUCAGUUUCUUAGGAGUAAACGACAGGAAUUCAUAACAUACCUAUUAUCAGUGCCCAUGAUCAGAUACGUAUUUGAAGAGACUUUGGAAGAAAAGAUACGUUAUAUAUUCAGGAAUGCUCAACCGGUUAUAUGGGCUGCGGAAGGUAUUUCUUCAUUGAUUGUGAUUUCCCUUAAAGAGGAUCAGUAUGGGGUAAUACAACAAGACUUGCCAACGAUCAUCAGAACUUUGUUAUCACUAAAGGAAGCUUUGGAUAAAUUACACAAGGCUAAUAUAUUUGUGAAAAAAUCACAGAGUGACGACAAAGAGAUAAGGCAAAUGAUGAUGUGCUUAAUAAGUACGAUUAAGCGCAGUAUUUAUAGAAUUACCACCACAUUUAAAGACUAUAUUGAGGACUUGCCGCUAGAACCAGAUAUUAUAGGACAGCUGCAGAGCUUUCUAUCUUAUAGAGAGUAAAAAACAUGCAUUUUCUAAGACUAUAUUUCAUAUUUGUAACACACUGUGACUGGAACAUUUUGUUUAUUUUUAUUUUUUUUUGCUCAAUCACUAAUUUUAUAAUAUCUUUCUGGUUAGCAGAUUCGUACUAUAUAUUGAAAAAAUUUGCCAUCCCUAACCAUAUUACUUCCAACAUGAAAUUAAUUCUCAUUUUUUUAUCCCUGUUUAUAUUAAUGGAACCAAUUUACUGAUAAUUAUAGUUUACCUAAAAUAAUUAAGUAGUGUUUUUAUUAUUGUUGUGAACAGAAUGAUUUGUAACUUUUUAAGUUCGAAACUGUUAUUAUGGGAUGAAUAAAGUCAAAUUGUGCAUACUGUGUAAAUCUACAGAAGUGUUCUGUGGAAUAAAAUUGGUAUUCUUCUAUAAAACUUUUACUGUUUCUUUAACAAAAGAAACAAAUUCGACUUGUUACUCAAUUGAUAUUGAAGAAUCAGUUGAAAAUGGUACUAAUUAAAUUAGGUGAAAUUUUGAUGGAAGGGAGACUAUAAAAAAUCUGGUGGCAUUUUAGAUUGU